UACGUCUGACCGUAAAAAAUAGAAACUUCCAAGAUGGCCGAGUCCGUAGACUCCAUGCAUUUCGCAGCGAACAGCAAAACAAAUUCCCCUAAACCCCUGACAGCCAAACGGCCGCCCGAAAGCCGUCCUCAGUCUUCCAGCGACAUUUUCCCGCCGCCCCCUAAGAAGAUCCGCGUGGAGGAGAAAGGCCUGAAGCACAAGAAACUCAACGGAGACGUCUGCGCAGGGGAAAAACACAACGGCAACGGGAAGCAGAGUUGUGGAAGCCCAGCGAAAUGGAGUUUCGGCCCGGCCAAGACCAGCCACUCCACCGCGGCUGGGAUGCCAGUUACCCCGGUGCGGAAUAUCUUCAAAAUCAGCAACUUUCUCGCCUCGCCUCCCAAAGUGAAAAAGGCUAAAGAGAAACGACCGAAAGAGAAAGAGAAAAGCGGCGACGCUCGGCGGAGCUCCACAGCCGCCGUAGAGAAAGUCAGCCCCGCUAGCUGCCAUACAAAGACGGAGAACGGCGACGUUAAAAUGCCACCCAGAGAUCCUCACGUGAAGGAGAAAGACAGACAGAGGAAGAAGGAAAAGAAGAACGAAUGGAAAAACAACAGCUUAUUACCACCUGUGCACGACAUUACCAGAGAAAACGGAGAAGUGCUUUUCCCUCAGAAAGAUAAGGAGAAGCUCAAAGCUGUUUCAGAGGAAGACCUGCUACUGAAAAAACUCAAGAAGAAGAAGAAAAAGAAGCACAAAGACGGGGAGCGAUUCAGAGAGCGCCACAGCCGGCCCAAAAUGUACCACCGCUCGUGCCAGACUGUGUGUUCAGGGGUGUCACUGGGCCUGCCGGAGCUGUUUAGCCGAAUCAACGGGAACAACAGCGGCAGUCUAAUCGGCAGCAGCAGCGUGUCGCAUCAACACCUGCAGGAUCCUGCUGUUACUGCCUCUACCUCCAGUUCCAUCCACUCCAUGGUUAGAGAUCAGCUGGAGUACAGCUCUCCGCUCCACUGCACCCCGACGGCGGUCCUGCCUGAGCUGGAGUUCGGCCGUCUAAUCCACGUUGAGCAGCAGGCUAACGGAGGGGCGUCUGUGGUGCACGCCUACUACGACCAGCUCGCCUGUUUGUCUCCGUCUGAGCUGGAGCGCUUCGCGGAGGAGUUUGUGAGCUUGUCGUUCAGCGAGGACGAGUCCCAGGCUGCGUGCUUUGUGAUGGGAAUCAUCCACGGAGCAGCAUCCUACCUUCCAGACUUCCUGGAUUACUUUUCAUACAACUUCCCCAACGCCCCAGUGAAGAUGGAGGUGCUUGGAAAGAAGGACAUUGAGACGACGACCAUGGCCAAUUUUCACUCUCAGGUCAAGAGGACAUACUCCCAGGGAACGUACCGUGCAGGUGCUAUGCGGCAGGUCAGCCUGGUUGGAGCUGUGGAUGAAGAAGUUGGAGAUUACUUCCCAGAGUUCAUCAGGAUGCUGGAGGAAUCUCCGUUCCUUGAGCGGACUCUGCCCUGGGGAACAUUUUCCAGCCUGAGGCUGCAGAGUCCUACAGAGAGUGACGAUGGGCCCAUCAUGUGGGUUAGACCCGGGGAGCAGAUGAUUCCCAUGGCGGACAUGCCAAAAUCCCCCUUCAAAAGGAAAAGGUCUACCAAUGAGAUCAAGAAUCUGCAGUAUCUCCCCCGCGCCAGUGAGCCCAGAGAAAUGCUGUUUGAGGACCGCACCAGAGCUCACGCCGACCACAUCGGUCAAGGCUUCGAAAGACAAACUACUGCUGCUGUGGGUGUGCUGAAGGCAGUGCGCUGUGGAGAGGACAGUGACACCCCCGCCCGGAUCACCAAAGAUGUGGUGUGUUUUCACGCUGGAGAUUUCCCAGAUGUGGUCAUGAGGCUGCAGCUGGACCUCCACGAACCCCCACUGUCUCAGUGUGUGCAGUGGAUAGACGAUGCCAAGCUUAACCAGCUGAGGAGAGAAGGCAUCAGAUAUGCCCGCAUCCAGCUGUACCACGACGACAUCUACUUCAUCCCCAGAGGAGUCGUCCACCAGUUCAAGACGGUGUCUGCCGUCUGCAGCCUGGCCUGGCAUAUCCGACUCAAACUCUACCACCAGCACGAGAACAAGGAGGAGGAGGAGGAGGAAGCAAGGAGGGAGGAGGACAAGUCUUCACCUGGAGUUUUAACGCACAAUAUCAAAGACGAGGAAGAUGAGCAUGAAGAGAGGGUAAAGAUUGACCUAGCUGUACAGACAGGUAUAAAGCUUAAGGAGGAAGACCUGGAGGAAAAGCAGGAGCUGCCCUUAAAAAAUCGGACACAGACUUUUAAGGAGGAAGAGCUGGAGGACAGAAUUGAAAGUGAGGAGGUGUCAGCAGGAAAUCCCCCACUUUCCGCUAACAAUGAAAGAUGUGAAGUACACUAUUCCACACUGACAGUUUCCAAAGUUGAGGAAAAUGAGAAAGAAGGCAGUGAGCGGGGUGUAGACGCAUAUCAAAGGCUGCAGAAGGUCCCUGAAGGCAGCACAGAGGACGGCCCUGCAUUCAAGUCUUUGCAGUAUGUUAGGAAGGAGAAUGACGUGGAGGAAGAGAGGCAGCAGAAGACACCUCUGUCAGGUCCCAGUCUAAAAGAGAAAGCUAAAGAUAGUUCAACAAGCCCUUCCAACACGCCGCAUAUCAAAAAGGAAAAGGGCAAAAGAGAAAAAGAUGAAAAAAUCAGAAUGAAAGAAAAAAAGGACAAAGAUAGGUGUAAGGACAGGGACAAAAGAGACCGGGGCAAAGACAGGGAAAAGGACAGAGUACGAGAAAAGGUCAAAGCAGAGGGAGGAAAGGAAGACGGCACGCCGAUGCCCCAGCAGACAAAGAAAAAGGAGGACGAAGAGAGGACGAGAGAGAAAACCUCUCAGACCGUCCCACCAGUCCAUAAAGAGGACAAGUGGGACUUGAAAUCGCAGCACCACACCAAGAAAGAGAAGGACCACGACCGGGGAGGCCUGCCGCCUCAUUCCCGACUCGAAAAAGAGGAGGCGCUAGACGCCUGCACACACAAGCACAAGUCAUUUCAAGGGAAGACGGAGAAGAGCGGCCAUAGGGAGGGAAAGGACAGCAGCGUGGGUAUGCAGGCCAAGCCAGCAAGAGAAGACGGGAAGACGCACAAACCCACAAACCUUCAGGUUAAAAAAGAAGUUAAGAAGGAGAAGGACUUUAACAGCAAAGAGGAAAAGAAGAAAGCCGGUGAACAGAAACCCCCACGGACUUUUGUCACUUUUGACCUCUUUGAACCAAUGGACGCUCAUCAAACUUUGGCCCUGUCCCUAACGGACAGUAGACCUAAACCUCACCAUCACAGUUCCUCCAAACCUGGAUCCCUUUUGACCUCUAAAGGACCAAAAACAAAGGACUCUGUGCCGGGGAAACCUUCGACAGCUCUACAGGACACUGGGCCACAGCACUCAAUAAAACCGCCCCAGAAAACUCACACACAGCAGACGCAGAAAGACUUCUUGAUAUGAAUGUUUGUUUGUUUUUUUACUGUAUAACUUACUCCAGGGCUUUGUUAAAACACUGAAGGUUCAUCCUUCUUUUAGACAUCAUCAGCCACAUGUUUGUGACGCAGAGAAACAAGGAUGUUCUCCAGAGUAUUUUAAUGGGGCCGAAGAAUGUAAGGCGAGUAGCUCACUUCACGUUUGUUAGCAGAUGUAUGUAGGCUUUAUAUGAAUUGUCAUGUGACCUGUGUGUCAGUGCCUGUGCACUACUUAGCUUUGCUUCUAAAGCACCUAAUUUAGGUACUGAACUAACCAAUCUGAAAACCAACCAUCCUGGCUCUUUAGCAUAAAAAUGAACCACUUUCAAAACAACUUGAUGCUCUUCAGAGCUGAAAUCCGGAUGUUCCCGGUUUUAGCUGAUGGGAUGUGCUGUGUGGAAGACGCCCAAAUCAGAGCGAAGUACAUGUUUUCAGACUGGACUGUUUGACUCACACAGGGCUGUAAAUGAUACUGUAUGUACCAAAACUGUACAGUAUAGAUGUUAUUAGCACCAAUGUGAGAAAAUGUAUACAGAAAUUGCAUAUAUUUUUUGUAAGACAAGUUUUAUUUUCCAUAGAACUUAUUUAUAUCAUUUAUUGUCUGUUUUUAUUUGGAAACUGAUGUAUGUGAAACUUUUGUUGUAAAUACAUUUUAUUUCCUAAGAUUAAGACUUGGUAGUGUGAUUUAUACUCUGAUCAGAACCUCUCAAUAAAUGGUUCCACAUGUUGAA